AUGAACACAUCCCAGUUUAAGAAUGGAAUCUCCACAAACUACAACCUGAAGUUCUUGUCUCUGAAUGUGUUCAACAUCAGUGAGACUCACUUCAGCUGUGCAGGAAACAAAUCCAGAAUUCCAAUGAAAGCUCCACAGCUGCUGCCUCAGAAUGAAUCAUUUGUCCCUGAGGUUUGGCUGCCUGUGAAUGCCCUGUGCACCAUCCCAAACGAGAAGAAGAUUAUUGGUUUGGUCAGCUACAUGUGGCACAGCCAGUUCCAAUUUGACCAGGAAGAAAUCUCAUCAAUGGUUCUCAGGAUAGAAUUACUGGAGGGACACCUUCUUCAUAAUCUGAAAACCCCAAUCAAGAUGAUUUUUGGAGUUGAUGCACACAACGAUAUGGAUAAUGACUCAUGGUUACAGUGUCACUAUUUUGAUGAACAAGAGGGGCUCUGGAAAACAGAUGGAUGUGAGACUUCCAAAAGAACCAUCUAUAACAAAACUGACAUUGUUUGCAGUUGCAACCAUGCAACACCCUUUGCUGUGCUGUUGGUAAGACAACCAAUUGCAGAAGCCCAGUGGAAAAUACUGUCAUACAUCAGUUACACAGGCUGCAGCCUGUCUGCCUUCUUCACUGCUUUGUCCAUUGUGAUGUACAUCUUCAGUCGAAAACACAAAAUGGAUUACUCCAUUUCUGUUCAUGUGUCUCUGACACUUAUGCAUUACUCCUUGCUCUGCUGUUUUACCUGGAUGGCAAUUGAGGGACUUCACCUCUACCUACUGCUGAUAAAGGUGUUCAACACCUACUACAAACACUACCUGGCUAAGCUGUCUCUUGCCGGAUGGGGGAUCCCUGGUGUAAUAGUGGCAGUGUCUUUGGGAUUGAAGGAUUUUAAACAGUUUUAUGGAGUUACAAGGAUGACCAUGGCGGAUACUAAUCAAACAAAUGCCAUCUGCUGGAUUACAGAUGACACCUUCUUCUACUCCUUAAACCUAGUGUAUUUUACUGUUGUAUUCAUUUUCAACUCUGGCAUAUUGGUGGCAGUGGCCUCUAGCAUCAUUAGGAUGAAAAAAGUGUCUAGCAGCAACUCAAAACUUAAAGCAGAAACUAAGGGAAAGACUUGGAAUGACUCAGAUAGGUUCAAGGAAUCCUGCAGGAGUGGCCUCACUGUGCUGGGUCUUACCUGCCUGAUGGGGACCACCUGGGGUCUGGCCUUCCUGGGCUCAGGAUACAUCAGUUACCCUAUCCUAUACCUUUUCUGCAUCUUCAACUCCACACAAGGUUUCUUCAUCUUCCUGUGGAUCUGUCAAUCAGUGAAGAAGAAGAGGAAAAGAGAUCUGGAGGACAGGAUGACUUCAACACCCGUGAAGACUUCAGAAAUAAAAUCUGAUUAG